ACUGAGUUAGUUAACUCAAUUUGCUGAACGAUUUUCGUUUGAAAGUUGCUAAUUAAACUGAGUAAAAAUGUUUAAGCAUUUUUCAGCGAUUGUUUUUCUUGCAUUAUUUUCAUUUGCUUACUCACAGGUCUCGCCAGGCCAAUGUAAUGACAAAGACAGAAAGAAUGUUAAAGCGGUAAAAUCUUUCCAAGCAAAGAAGUUUGCAGACAAUGGGGCGCCAUAUUACGCUAUAAUGGCAAACUCACCUAUCUUCGAUUGCCGGGUCGAACGUUAUUUUGCAACGAGUUCUAAAAACUUGCUUACCGUUUAUGAACACAAAAAUCUAACCACCGGUGUAAAAGUUAGAGGGCAAGGUGUAGUAAAAGUAUCACACGGUUCCCAAUUACAAGGGAUAGAAUUAGAUUAUCCCAAAGAACCUAAACGAUCUGUAUUUAAAGUCAUUGGAGUUAAAUACGGUGAAUUCGCCAUUCUUUACCAAUGCUCCAACAUUGACAAGGCUCACAGACGGGAAUUUCUCUAUGUUCUAAGCCGCGAGAAUUAUUUGUCAUCAAAACUAGUAUUAGAAGCGAGUGAUAUCCUCGAUGCUAACGGUAUCGAUAAAGAUUUUCCACUUCCUGGUAUUCAACAGGACCUACAAGCCUGUGCAUAAUAAUAUAAUAAUAAAACUGUGUAUCUUGGCGGAAACUGAAUAAAAUCAAAUUAAUAAGCAAUGUGAA